CAGCAAAGCUUAUGGCGUCCUUAGCACCAGGAAGUCUUUUCGGCUAAAAAUGGAAAUUAAUGACAAAUCCUGACAUAAUUCUUCACAAUCUCCUCGCAGAUAAAUAAAUCAACAACAUGGGUGAAGACACCUGUGAUCUUCAGGACACUGACUUACAUGAUGCUGUACGAUACGGUGACAUAGACGAAGUAGUUGUGGCCCUAAAACAUGGCUUGGACCCGAAUCAGAUUGGAAUGUAUGAGUGGACUCCACUGCACGAAGCAGCCUGUAAUGGGGACCAGGACAUCUUGGUGAAGUUAUUGGACAACGGAGGAAAUCCAAACAAGAAAGAUUUGCUGAAAGGCUUCUCUGCCAUUCACUAUGCUGCUAAGAACGGACAUAACGAAUGUCUCAAGCAACUGCUCGAAAACGGUGGUCAAUUUGACAUCUUGUCAAACAACGGAGAAUCUUGUUUUGAUGUGGCUACAAAGGAGUGUCUGCAAAUAUUACAAAAGUACAAAAUCAAGACGAUCAUUGAUUCCUCAGAAUCUGAUGUCAGUGAUGAACCUUUAGGUCACAAUGAGGAAACUUCCAGUGUGCAAUCCCAAAAAGAGACUACGUCUAGGGUUGAUCCUCGUGUUGAUGAUGAUGUUGAUGGGGAGAUUCUCCCCAAGGAACCUACCAGAUGUUCCCCUCGACCAACCUGGGUUCGCGAUCUUGGACAGAACAACAAUCAGGAACCAAUUGCUGGUUUUGUCCAAUUGUCCUUUGAGUACAACUCUAAGAAGUCGAGCUUGAAGAUCCGGAUCUGGCAGAUUUCAGAGAUUCUUCUUCCUCCUGUGGAGACAUCAAUGUUCAGUGCCAUUUACGUCAAGAGCUACUUACAGCCUGACAAGAAACAUCAAACGAAACGACGAACCGAAGAAAUAAAACUGGAUAAUCCAGAUCAUCCGAUUACAAGAGCACAUUACAAAUCCAUGUCACAUGACAAAGAAGUGAGCCUUCAUGCCGUCUUCCAACCAAUGACAUUCAGGUUUUCCAAACCACUAGAUUAUGAGAAAGUUUCUCCAGAAAUGGUAGCAGAGAGAACCGUGGAGAUCGUGGUGUGUGUUGUGCAGAAAUACACCAGGAAAAGUUUCAUGAUCGCCAAGUUACUGCUGCCGUUGAAAGAUGCAGUGAAAAAACUGAUCAGGGAGAAAGUGGCACUGAAACCUUGUCUACAGACAAACAUUCAGGAAAAAGUGCGGCCAUAUCCAAUGGAUGUUUUGAAAGUCAUGAGUAAUUAUCGGUUAUUUGGUGGUAGUAAUCCUAAUGUUCGCGUUUCCCCCUUGUUCAUUCCAACUGAACCAAGAGCGGCCAGUGACUCAGACUUGCAGAAUGUGACAGUUGGCUCUCCGUCUGAAGCGGUAGUUCUUAGUCUUCCUACAGAGGACCCGAGUGACACAGAUAGUUUACAGUCUGUGUCCGUUGAAGAGGCUCAUUUAGGCAGUGUGUGUAGUGUGUCUGUAGAGGAAGAGCCAUUUGACAGUGGGUUUAAACACGCGCCACGAGACAUAAAUCUCUCUGUUAGCCCACUGAUGAAAUUGAGAGAGCAAUCUCCAAAGAAAGGCGAACCCAAUCCCGUUUCAAAGGGUCAGUUAGAUAUUGAGGGUGGUCAGGGGUCAAGGGUCGCAGAUGCCUUCUCAUCUGCUGAAGAUGGUCACAUGACCAAGUUCGAUACUGUUGAGGAAUUGAAUUUGAAGCCACUGCGGGUUUCCAAGAAUUCCUGGAUCUCCCCCAGUUCAUCCCGUCCUGACUCCCCAGUGAGUUAUCUUACGUCAAGUUCCCGUGCUGAUACGCCGACUUGGGAUAAUUACAUGGAACCCCUGGAAAUCACUGGUGAAAUCCCCAUAGAUGCUAAAGAGGAAGAGUAUCAUCCUCCAAUGGCAAUCUCGAUGAAUCUUCCACAAAUGUUGCAGAGUUUUCGACCCAUUAAUUUGCAAAAGUCUGAUGAAAUUGCAAGCCUACCAGGGCAGGCUGAGUUUUGUUUGGAGAAUGACACAGUUUGUGCCACUGAGAAGCGGUCAUUGCCUGGUAAACCAUCUCAUGCCAUCGCUGCAGAUGAUGUCACUGGAGCCAGGGAAGUGGUGAGAUCAGCCUCGAAGCGAUCCGUUCCUGUCAUGGGUGCUAGAGCUGCUAGGUCCCCACCGCCAUCUACUGAUAGCAGUCAUAACUACAAAACUCGUCCCUUUGAACUGCGACAGGUUGGGCCGGAAGCAAAGAGUGGUCCUCAACCUGGGCGAGUUCUUCGGGUUCAGCCAGAGGGCGCAAGAAAUGAAUCAAGUAACAUUUCUGAGACAUCAUUUGUGAUGCUGGCCGAACAGACUUUCAAACAUCAGGAGGCAGUUGGUAGACAUGUGCCUCAAAAUCAAAAUGUGGUGAGUGGUAGUAAGAAGGAUGUUGGGAGACAAAGUGGGAUAGCAGAGACGUCAUUCAGCAAACGGGAGCACUCUGAUGUCGUACCACAUGCAGAGUCAGAGCCAGGGAGUAGUAGAGUAGGUAGGCCUGGUGUCCCUAUCACCCAGCUGCACCGAUCACCCACCAAGACCGGGAGAACAAGUGGAGCCAACCAGCCACAGAAGCCAGAGAAACCAAUGUAUGAAUUCAGUGAGGAAAACCUUACCAUUACAGAACCAAACUCCCCUGUUAAAGGCCAAGGUAAACAUGAUGUACGAGUGAAAAGUCCUAGUAAGCUGGUACCAGUUAGUCCUGCUAAAACCACAUUGGCAGCUUCAACCAGUCGGAGGGUUGAUGAAUUGCCUGCUAGGUCACAUAUUCCAAAGAAUCUAAGCCCAGCACAGGAAGACAGUGUGGCCAGUAACAGGCCGAUAAGUCCUGCCAACUGGAAUGAAACAACUGCAGUGAAAUUGAAACAUUUGUCAAAACGUAGGUCGGAAAGUCCAUCUGGAUCGGUAUCAUCUCUGCCCAGUGAUAGGUCGAUGAGUCCGACCAAUCAAAGACCACUUAGCCCGAUAGUAGAUGUAACAAAAGAACGUCUGAGGCAAAAGUUGUUGAUGAAAAAACAGAGAAUUGUAAAACAGCGGGAACAUGAAUUGCUUGUUUUAGAUCGAUCGCACUCUAAACCGGGCACUGCCAAGGCUGUCCCCAUCAAUCCUAAUGAUUUGGAGUCAGAUGUUUGAAGAGGUGACACGAGCAGUAGGUCAUUUAUAUAGAUUAAUAAGGGUAUGUGCAUUUGUAUUUAGAAUCUGGUGCAUUCUGGUCUUGUGUCCGUGUUAUCAGCAUAUUAAGGUAUGUUUACCUGUUGGUCUACCUCUACAUGUUUAUUCACUGUGAUAUUUUAAUCUGUUAAUCUGAUAUUUUAACAAUAUAGCUUAUUUUUCAAAGGUUUAAAUCAUAGAUUUCAGUACUGUAGAUUGUAAAACAUGAGAUUUUUGAUAUUUUCCUGUUUUGGAGUUGUGGGUCGUGGUAAAUUUCUCUGUCCAUGCCUACCAGUCCCAAUGUGGCCGUGUCAUGCUUCUUGGUGCCUACCUUGUUGGCCUAUUACAUUGUACCCUCAGAGCUCUUCAAUUAACGUUCAUUCGUGCCAAAAGCGGAACAGGGUUGCCUUUUAUUCUAUUGAUUCUACAAAUCUAUUCUGUUUUAUAGUAAAUGGUUCGUGUUAUGUAAUAUAUAAUCUGCAGGCUGGGUACCUUGGCACGUAAGCUGGUCUUAUGAGCCAUUUUGUAUUUAGAUUUUUAUGCAAAUUAAGUCAUGUUUACAUGUUAUUGUAUAUAUUAUAUCAUGGUACUGAGUCUUGUCCGUCCAUUAGUCAAAUAACAUUAUUCUGGUCAGGAAAAUCAUGGUUGCCUAAAUGUAAGACUGUCAUUGGUAUGUUGCAGAAAUAUGUCCCAAUAUUCUUGAGAGGUCAAAGAGCACAGAACUAGCAGCAGUAUAGAAAUCCAUACUUGCCAGCAGCGACAUUGUUCUUGAGACAGUCUGUAAGUGGCAGCCCUGUUCAUCCUUAUCGGUAUGCAACUAGUCUGUUUAUCCGUGAAAAUCAAUUUCCUUACAGAGAUUAUCCCGCAUAUCUUCCA